CGCACGGCUUGUUAACUGCACGUUCCCUCGAACCUCACGAGUAGUUGUGUAUGAAAGUUUACGUAUCGAAUACCUGUUACAGAACAUUCAGUGCGUGUAUAACUAGUGUUUGACUUUUGUGUGUGUGAUUUUAGACUAUUCGUUUAUACGGAUUUAAGUUUUUCAUUGGAAAAAUAAUAUUUCAAAGGUUAAAUAAGAACACACAAAAAUCAGAAUAAUGGGCUAGGAAUAUUAAAAUACCCGGCAAAAAUGAACGAGAGUAGAGAAAGAAUUCGACGGGAGAGGGAGCGAGAAAAGAACACAUACACCUCUCCCCGUCUAGCUUUACGAAGAGUGCUGUUACUAGCUGAGGGUCGGCAGUUCAGGGAAGCGGCAGCCAUCUUGUCGAGGCUGGGACCUGGGGUGCUUCACAGCGUAGCCUCGGAGUUGCCGAUAGAUUUGCUGAUAGAAGCUCUGCCACAUUCAGCUCAUCUCCUCGAAACACUUUUGAACAGGUUAAUAGCACUGGAGAUAACUCCACGCCCGGAGGUGCAAUGCGAGGCGGUGGCAUGGAGGCUGGUCGGGUUACUUGGGGGGGAGCAAGGCUGCGGCUUGAGGCCCAAGACCUCACGCCUGGCCAACGCACUGCUUCACUACAGUCCCGAUGCCAGAGACGCGGUGGACAACAGGAGGAGACAGCUGGACUCUGCUGUUCAGGGUCUUGGCACUCACGGCCUCACAGCAGACGCGUCGGGUUCCCUCAUCUCCCUGCACGUAGCCAUGAAGAAUGAGCUGCAGAGGCACGUGGAGGUCUACAAGCAGGCUCUGCAUAAGCUGGAAGAGCUGUCAUCAGUGACCGUCAGCCAAGACCCAGCAUCCUCAUCCCACCAGCGGCUCCUAGCGCUGUCCCACGCAGACGUCGAACGUCGACUCAUCGACAACAAGAGUCUCCUCACUAUUGUCGAUAAACCCGCACUGCGUCAGCUGCCAACACUUGUCGCGUCUUUAGCGGCUAGAGUGGAAAGCGACAAGGCGGUGCUGGCAUGCGUUGGGCAGAUCAAGAGGAGCGAUCCAACGUUGGAUCUUAGUGACACUAGGCCGGUAGCCGGAGUCCUCAUGAGCUACUCGCGUGGCUGUGCAGCCGUCCUGUCGCAGAUGACCGAGGGUCAGAUAGCAGUGGAGACGACUCCUCGAUCUCCAACAGACUCCGCCAGCGACGGGUAUCAUUCAGACAGCGACGAUUCCCACCAGCACCCUGAUAGGAGCAAGCUGGUGUCACAAUACGCGGCGGUAUGGUCGCGAGCCGCAGACGAGGUGUUGCCAGCGUUGGCCGCGUUGGACCCACUGAAGCCAACGCCCAACCUCAAGUACAAGAUCGUCUUCUCGAUUGUUGUUUUGUCCUUCCGAGCGGCGAUAAGUCUACGGGAUAAGCGGCUCAACGAAGUGAAGGCUCUCUUGGGAUGCGACUCCGACGACACGCCGGGCGCAGCUGGCUUCGUCGCGGCCGCCAUGAGACUGCUAAGAAACACUGCACACACCUUCCCCCUGGGGGACGCUGAGAGGACUGUUGUCAAUCAGGUGGUGAGCACCCUGCGCGAGUAUCCGUGCCUGGCGGGCUGUGGCGCGCUGCACGCACUGGUGGCCGCCGCCAGCCGCGCGGCCUGGGCGCUCAGCCUGCACGCGCCACCGCUCCGCAUCGACACCGACUUCACGCCAGUGGUGAUGAAUCCAGAGAAGCACGUGAGGUACUCCCUGGGGGACUCUCGGGAACGCCGCUCCGACCUGAUAAAGUCGUUCGUGUGGCCCGCGCUCAUGGAUGGAAACAGAUGCGUUUUCAGAGCCGUUGUCUUGACUUAACCUUUUAAGCCACACUUCUUAGACAAAAGAAAGAAAAAAGAAAACAAAAACAAGUUCACCACCAUAUCUUACGCACGGUUCGCUCCG